UAUUUUUCAUAUCUGGUCAAAAAAGGUUCACGAAGAUAAAGUAAGAUAUACAUUAAUUAUUUUUUGAUGAUGUGCAUUGAGAAGAGGAGAUGGGUUAACUAGCUUGCUGAAUUUAUUUUUAGCAGGUAAUGUGGAAAAUUCUGAGAUAGUGAGAUGUGGGUGUGAGAGACAAUUGCAAGGAUGUUAAUGGGCGAGGCUCUGAUUUUUUUGGGUGCUUUUUGUUUAUCAGUUCGAGUAUUUAGCUAUGUGAUGUGGAGAAAUCUCUGUCCAUAUUUUAUUUUGAUGCUUUAGAGGAGAUUUAGUAGAGAUAAGGUUUGAUGCUGAAUUUAUCAAGUUUGAAGGUUUUGUUAUUUCUCUCCUUCAAUUUAGCAUUCAAUGGGUCAAACUCCUGUGGUUGAUUGGAAACGUGUGAAGUCCAUUUGUGGAUGAAACUGGCUGAAGUUGUCACAAGUUUAAUGUUUGAUUGGAAUACCGAAUUAGAAGGGGGUCGAUUAAAAGCUGUUUGUUAGUGAAGCUGGCGAUUUUGAAUCGGGUAGUGGACAAAUCUUCAUCCACCAUCUAGGUAUUUCCAUCUGGCCUGUAAUGAAUGAAUUUCUUGACCUGGAUUGGAAACCUUAAUAGGCCAUUUGCUUAAGAAAAUUUCUUCAAGUUUAGACCAAGUUAAAGAUUUUCUUAGGAAAGGUAAUUCUAAGCUGUCUUUUUUCUCUUUUUGAAAUCAAUUUCUUUACUAGUAAGAGUUUUUUUCUUUUUCUCCAAUGAAGUUGAUGAUGGAUUCCGUGUAAGGUAGUGAUGAUUUCGUGUCCGCAAUUGUUUCCGGUACUGUUUUUCUUUCCUUUUGUAGCCCAGUUUAUCUCUGGGAUAGAUUUAUGCUGCAGUAUGACUCGGAGGGAUUCCUCUCGUAUUUUAGGGCUCGUUUAAGAUGGAGAGCAGUUUGGAUUAAGAAGUAUUCCAUUUGUAUCUAAGGUUGAGAGAAUUUUUGCGUUGUGGAAUCCAAUUUGUAUUGAGAGGGAUUCCCUUUGUGUUUUAGGGUGUAGAGGGAUUGUUGCUCUUUGAAUACAAUUGUCUCGGGGAGAAACUCUUCUUGCAUUUAAAGUCCAGGAGGUUUCUAAGGUGCGGGAUCCGGUUUUAACUGAAAAGGGUUUCUUUUAGUAAUUGAGAUCCAGUGGGUUUUGGGGUUUUGGAGUUACAAUAUGCAUUGGAAGGGAUUCCUGCGUAUUUAAGGUGUAGAAAGUUUUUGGUUUUGAAGUCCGAAUUGCAUGAGGGGGGAUUCAUUUGACAGUUAUGUUCUAGACAGCUUUUGGGUUUGAGUCCAAUUGGCAUUAGGAGUGCUCUCGAGUUCAGUUUGGAUCAAGAGGGACCUCUUUUGAAUAUUAAAUCCACAGGACUUCUGGGUUUUGGAUUCCAAAGGAUUUUCUGUUGCAGUAUAGAAUUUGGUGUUCAAUUGCAGCGGGAGAAGGUUAUUUGGAAAAUUUCUGUUUUGCGUUUCAUUUUAGUGGGAUAUGAUGGAGAGCUAUGAUGAGUUGAAUAGUUUGGGUGAGUUGGGAUUUCUGUCCUGUGUCAAUGAAACAGAAAGGAGAGGGGUAAAGGAGGAAAUUAUGGCUGAGGAUUAUGUUAGUGAGGAUGACGUUGAUAUUGAUGAGCUUGAGAAACGGAUGUGGAAGGAUCGGAUUCGGCUCAGAUGCAUCAGGGAGUCUCGGAAAACAAGUAAUGCGAUUGACAACGCAAAGGAAAGGCAAUCCCAAGAGCAGGCAAAGAGGAAAAAGAUGUCGAGGGCCCAGGAUGGUAUAUUGAAAUAUAUGCUUAAGAUGGUGGAGGUUUGUAAAGCACAAGGGUUUGUUUAUGGUAUAAUUUCAGAGAAAGGAAAGGCAGUGACUGGUGCCUCUGAUAAUCUUAGGGCCUGGUGGAAGGAGCAGGUGAGGUUUGAUAGGAAUGCUCCCGCUGCAAUAGGAAAAUAUCAACAAGAAAAUGCAUUGCAAGGGAUUGAUGAAAGUGAUUCAAUUGUGGUGUCAACUCCUCAUUCUCUUCAGGAACUGCAGGAUACUACUCUAGGUUCUUUGCUAUCUGCUUUGAUGCAGCAUUGUGAUCCGCCUCAGCGGAAGUACCCUUUGGAUAAGGGUGUUUCUCCUCCUUGGUGGCCAACUGGCAAUGAGGAUUGGUGGCCGCAGACAGGUUUCCCUAAAGGUCAAGGACCGCCGCCUUACAAAAAACCUCAUGAUCUGAAGAAGUCCUGGAAGGUAGGGGUUCUUACUGCUGUCAUAAGGCAUAUGUCCCCAGAUAUUGCUAAAAUUCGAAAACUUGUAAGACAGUCAAAAUGUUUGCAGGAUAAGAUGACAGCGAAAGAGAGUGCAACUUGGAUUGCUGUUAUCAAUCAAGAGGAAGCAUUGUGUCAGGAGCAAAAUCCCGAAGCUUGCUUCCCAACUGGUAUUACUGGAUGUAGAAAUUCUGGAAUUCUAACUUCUAGCAGCAGUAAUGAGUUUGAUAUUGAAGGUCUUGAUGAUGUCCCUGGUUCAGUAAAUCCAAAUAAUCAUGUUCAGAAAGAUGGGACACAAGGCCAAGGUAUCUUUAACAUGGCUCUUGCAGAGAGCAUCUGUUGGUCUAUUCCGAAUGGACAAAACACAAAGAUUACCAGAAAAAGGAAAAUGCAUGAAGAAGGUGCAACACAAGGGCAGAAGUUCUAUACAUGCCCACAUGAACAGUGUCCAUACAAUGAGCAAAAGAAUGGAUUUUUGGACCAGAGCAUGAGGAAUGCCCAUCAGUGUAAAUGUCCUUACAAAAUAGAUGCGCAUGGAUCUGGUUUCCAGAGAUUGGAACAUGAAAAUAACAAGUCCACACUGUAUCAUUCUACAGGGCAACCCACUGGAACUCAUUCACAAGAGAAGGAUCUUUCUCAACCAAAGAGUAGACAGCUAGCAUCCCAAGAAGACACGGAUCUUCUUCCUCUCAAUACAAGCAGUUUUAUCAUGCCAGAUAAUACACGGGAGCAAAUCAAUGAGCUACUUGCUUUGUAUGAUAGUAGCCUGGAACAGAACAAGCAAUGCACGAAUUUAAGUGCCCAGUCAUACAAUGCUAAUGACCAACUUGAUAUGAAUACAGGACAUGCCUUUCAGGAAGAAGGCUUCUUCAACAUUACUCCUGAAGACAUCUUUUUCAGUCACAGUGUGGAAGGCAAGAACGUCAGUGACCGCAGUGCAAGUGUGUCUCAGUGUAGUGCGGGUAUGCUGAAAUCAAUGAGAGAGGGUAUAUUCAGUUACGAAAGAAAGUUAUUUGAUAACUACUUUGUGCCUCAGUCUCAGGAAAUCACUGGGAACCUCCAGUUUCAAGCUGCUUACAUUGACUGCCAGGAAUCAUUAAGCUCCAAGUUACGUAAUCAGUCUACAUAUGAAGAUAAAAUCUUGUAUUUUGGAGCAUGAACUGAAGUUUGGUCGAUUGAAGUUUUUAUCAUUCUAUUUCUUAUCUGACUUUCUGCAUUUACGAAAUCUACAUGCAGUUUUGUAAUAUAUGUUUCAGAGAGGAAUGUCCCCAGUCCCACAAAUGUGAUUGUGAUCUUUUCUGCCAUCUGUUGUUACUUCCUUAGCAGAAUCAUAUUGUACAUGCUAAUCGCUUGUUAUAAUCAGAUAUUGUCAAGGAUUACAAUCUUUUAAUAUUUCAUUUUCAACA